UGCUUAGAGUUCAUGAAUUCAAUUUAUAAAAUCAUUCUGGUUUUAGAGGAAUGUUAUUUUUGGUAGGUUUAUUUUUAAGUGUGUGUGUGUGUGUUGCUCAUGGAGGCCAGAAGAGGCCAUCAGAUCCUCUGGAGCUAGAGUUAUAGGUAGUUAUAACCCAUCUAAUUGUAGGUGCGAAAAACCAAGUAGGUUUUCUAGAAGAGCAGUGUGCACUCUUUGCUACUUAGCCACCUCCCCAGUCCCAACAUAUGUGUAUUUUUGUCCUUUGAAGACUUUAGAAUUGCAGAUGGCAUUCCCGUGAGGUCCUUGUGUUAUUAGCAGGUGUGGUGGUUUUAUAUUGAGUGUCCCUUGACAGGAUCUAGAAUCAUCCAGGAGACAUGCCCCCAGGGAAUCUCGAAUUUAGGUUGCCUAUGAUUAUAUUGAUUAUGUUACUUGAGGUGGUGAAAAACACCCCUAGUGUGGGUGGCAUCAUUCCUUGGGCCUGGGUCCUAGACUGUACAAAUUGGACGUAGGGGUUAUCUAAAAGGCUGGAGUAUUUCGUUUUAAAGUUGUCUGAAUCUUUAGGGAAUAGAGUCUUAGAUCUCAGCUUAUGUCCAAACCCAGGAAGAAUACAGUCUUGUCUAACCGUGGCUUAUUUUUAGUCUUACUAAGAGCUUCUACUGCUAUGAUAAAACACCAUGAUCAAAAGCAACUAGGGAAGGAAAGGGUUGAUUUGACUCACACUUCCACAUCACAGCCCAUCAAUGAAAGAAGUCAAGGAAGUAAUUCAGGGCAGGAACUGAUGGUUCCACACUUGUGCAAUCUGAGGAAAGUAAAUCAGUGAGCAGUUCCUCCAUCCCUCUGCUUCAGACCAUGCCUCUAUAUUCUUGCUUUGAGUUCCUGACUAGACUUCCCUUGAUAAUGGACCGUAAGCUGUAAGAGGAAAUAAACUCUUUUCUCCCCAAGUUGCCUCUGAUCAUGGUAUUUAUCACAACAAAAAGCAGACUAGGAGAGAGUCUUCUCAGGAUAGGUGACAGUGGGGGACAUUUGAUGCUUAUGGGACAAGGUCCAUUUUAUCUGCCUGGGUAAAUCUUGCCUUUUAUUCCAGCUAUACAUUAUCCACAUAGAACUCAGUAUUUCAAAGCCAGGUGCUGCACCCCUUUAGUCCCAGCGCUUAAGGAGCCAGAAGCAGGCAGGCUGAUCUCUUGAGUUCGAGGCCACCCUGGUCUAUAAAGUGAGUUGCAGUACAGUCAAGGCUACACAGAGAAACCUUGUCUUGAAAAAUCAAAACCAACCAAACAAAAGAGAAUUGAGAACGCCUGGACGUGUAGCACGUGCAUUUAAAUCUGUGCUUAGUGCAGUUGCUCGCUGGAGUACAGUGACCUCUGGUGGCAAUGAUGCUAGAUGCUGCCUGUGUGACCUCAGGUGUUUGCGGAUUGCAGACACUUCUACCGGGAGUUGAGAAAGCCCUAGACUUAUCGGGACACAGCAGAAAGCCAACAAAAGACUUAUCCUGGAACAUCUCUUGUCUGCAAUGUAGCAAAGAACAGUCUUCCUGGAACUGGAGACCCAAGUCAAGCUGAAUACCUACCAGUCAGCAUACGGAAAAGCCGGAGCUAGGACAAGGAGCUGCCACCUUGUGGCCUCAUCAUCAUCUUGAGGACAAGGGAAAGGGAUAUAGGAGAAGACCCCAAGGAAAGGCAGGGCUGAACUUUGAACUAGGGAAUCCAAUCGAUGGUAUAAAUUGAAAAAUGAUCUUAUUGGUAUUCUACAGUUGAGGAAACAUGGUGCUUACCCUAUAGCGUUUUGGCUGAAAGGAUUUCUUUAUUGUUUUUUUCAUAAUAAUAUAAACUCCUAAAUAUUAAUUGUUUUCACUCGUUUGGUAUCAAAAUCUGUUUCCCAAGCACCUCUCUAGGCGUACCAUAACAUACCCUUGUAAAAAGUAGUGGGAAAAAUAAUACAGAAUCACUAGCAGCGUAAGUUGCUCGCAUAAACUGGUAAUAUUUGAAAAGGUCUUUUUAAAGAAACUCGUGUGGUUCUCAAAAGCAGACAUGCAAUAAACAGUUGCAGGAAGAAUUAUGGUAUGCCCCCAUCGCCUGCUCAAACCAGAAGCAGAAGGAUCCACACAUGGACCAGUUUUUCCUAAACACAGGAAAUUCACAGCAGCCAGAGGCCAAAAUACCUCAGCUUGAUUAAGUCCCUCUGCUCUAACCUCGCAAGAAAAGUGGGCUGAAGUAAGCUGAUAUCAACCUGUUAGGUCCUUUCCAACAGUCUCGGCUCCCUGCUUUACGGAGCUGGCCCUUCUGUUCCUGCCCAGUACAAGUUCUCAUUCUAUUCUGUACAGUGAAGAGGGUUGCUUCACUCAUGAAUAUAAAGGCUAAGGAGAACUUUGUCAGACUUGUUAAAAUUCUGUCUCUGGUUGUAGGGGAGAACACCAGCUAAUGAAAACUUUUCAUCACGACUGUACAUUCCAUUCACGUUAGGCUACCCUGUAUCCAAGGGAUGGCUGGAUCUCCAAUCUUCACUGGGUCUCUUUCACCAAGGCAGGUCUGCAGUGGAAAGCUGUGGCCGUCAGGAGAAUUCCAGCCAUAUUCAGGGAAUCUCAGAGAAAAGAGCCAGAUUUAAUUUUGUCCCAUCUUCUCUCCUAUCUCUACAACAGUCUACUUCUCACACUGCCUACAAACAUAUUUUACAAAACAAAACAAAAAACCAAAAUCCAUUAUUAUUGUGUGUUUGUAUGAUGGGUAGAAAAAAGCACACACACCAAGAGGUCAAAGGACAACUGUGUGGAAUCGUUUUUUUUUUUUUUCUCCUUCCACUUCUUCAUGGGUUCUGAAAAUCAAACUAAGGUCACCGGGUUUGCACAGUAAACAUCUUUACCUGAGAUAUCUUGCUAGCCCCCCAAAUACAUUUUUUUUUCUGGAAGAGGAUGCCUAUUACUUGGGAUCAUUUUAUUUCUCCGAUCAAAACAAAUUAGCCAACUGAACUGUACACAGGCAUUGUCUGAGAUUACGUUUAGAAACUCAUAAACACAUAAACAAUAAACUCUCCCACCAAGGAUAGGUUCUGUCUGCUUAGGUGGCAAUUUCUUUCUUGCAGGUCCGAUAACUUCGGCCCAUGAAAAGAAGAAUCUAGCAAGCAGUUUGUGUUCUCAGUGAGCAUAGCUUAAACCUAAAACUCUUCCACAGUACACACUGGGUUGUGAUCCUAACAAAGCCAAUUUAAAAAAAAAGACGAACGCCAGGGAAUCAGGUUACUUUUUGCAGGAUUCCUGGUCUUACAAAAAAAAAAUUUUUUUUUUUUUUUAAAGAAACAAAACCGAGACUCAGUAGGAAACCGAAAGGCAAUUUUGAAUUUAGGGGAAAAAUAAGACAAGCAAGACAUCUCAGCAGCCUCUGGAGGAGGGAGACGGGUAAGAGCCGAAGAGAAGACCAUGCUUUUGGAGUUAAAGGUCAGAAAAGCAAGCAGGCUGAACAAAGCAGGCCUGGGAAUGGCUGCAUGGGGUAAGGAAGGUCUUCAGAGUGAUUGAAAAUGCCCAGAACCGUAGGGCAAGCAGGGUUAGGAGUGUUGAUUAGUAUCUGAAGGAGACAGGACGAAGAAAAGAAAAGUUAAGUUUUUUUUCCAGUGAAAACAGGCAGGCUUAGCAAUGAGGGUUGUAGACAAAGAAACCAAAAAAAAAAAAAAACAAAAAAACGCUCUCCCCCUCCCCUCCUCUCCCCUCCCCUCUCUGACAAUCAGCUCCCGACUGCUUGGAGCCUGACCCAGUGGCUUGUUAUGCCUAUACAAACAAUUAAGAACCUAACCCUUGGUGACCUCUCCCCAAAUUGCAAGCUGUCGUGGCUGGUAAUAGAGAGGUGGGGGUGGGGUGAGGUGGGGCCCCAAGCUAUGAGGGGAAAGUUCCAUCGGAGACUCCAAGCUCGUCCACAUGCUUAGCCACAUACGAUUAGUUUAAAAUAAAAUAAAAUAAAUAAAAUAAAUAAAAUAAAAUAAAAAAGCUCUUCAAUUCUUCCUGGAUCCCUGCCAGCUACCGCUUCGGUAACCUUGGUGUUCCGUCUAAUGCUGGCUAUGUAGCCUUUACCGAAUCUUCCCGAAUUCUAGUCUUACUCCCAUUUGAUAGCUGCUGACGAACUGGUUAGGACUGGAGAGCGCCGGAGCGGGCAGGCUCGGCGGCCCGGAGGCAUCACUUCUUCCCCUACCCGGGGUCGGUUUCGCCCUCCCAGGGGACUCCUGCUCUCCGCAAUCCUGCGCUUUCUUUCCUCGCCCACUGCCUCUAUUUCACAGCACCUAAUUCGGCAGAAAGGACAGAUUAUGCCUGAAGUGAACCGGACGCCUAGGGAUUGCUUAGGUAAAACUAUCGCCACAGCGCGGGAUGCAUCUCCCUCAGAGCGCGCGGGCGGGAAACCCGAAUUCCCGCGUUAGGGCCUGGGCGGUGACCCCAGGCCUCCUUUAGCCCCGCCCUCACGCUGCGUGCCGCGCGCCCUCCGGCCCUUACUCUCAUACGCGCGUGCGCAACGCGGGCCGAGCGCGUCGCCGCGCGCAGGCGCACUUGGAAGGGCGCGCUUUUCGGUGGCUGCUGUCCCGGCAGGGAGCGCAGGUGGGCGCCGGUAGGCUGCUUUUCUCCGCUAGGCCGGCGGGUCUAGGCUGUGGUCGCCACGCCGGGCGUUUUCUUUGGUUUUGUUUUGUUCUGUCAGUUCUUAGACUCGGGUUGUCCGAGAGGGUGGCCUUGGGAAGCCCGCGGUGAGGCUCUGCCUCUCGGCGGCGGCUGGGGUUAAGGGACGGCCUUUGGGCGUGACGGUCGGUCAGCCGCAGCUUACCUCCCGCUAGGAGUGUUGGGAAGGCUGGAGCAGGUUUGCCACCUAAACGUACGCAUUUUGAGUAUCGUGCUUUCGGCAAUACUAGCAGCUCAACCUGUGCUGAUCACAUCGGGAAGUAUUCAGUACCUGGUAAAGUACAUGGUGCUUCACGUGGAACUUGGCCUUGAUUUCUGGCAUUGGUCAUAAUCAGCAGAGUUCUCUCUGUUUUGUCUUGUGUUAUAGAGCCUUUGACAUGGAGACAUCCAGCUCCAGGUCUGUGCAGGUGGAUGACUGGCAGAAGAAUUACUCUGUGGUUGCAUCCAGCAUAUGUACACCUAAGCAGAAGGCCGAUGCAUACCGUGCACUGCUACUGCAUAUUCAGGAUGCAUAUGCCAACUCCGAGAUCUCUCAGGUCUUUGCUACCAACCUGUUUAAGAGGUAUACAGAGAAAUACUCUGCAAUUAUUGAUUCUGACAAUGUUGUAACUGGCUUGAAUAACUAUGCAGAGAGCAUUUUUGCUUUGGCAGGAUCUCAACAGGCUGACAGUGACAAGUGGCAAUCUGGUUUGUCAAUAAAUAAUGUUUUCAAAAUGAGUACUGUACAGGAGAUGAUGCAAGCUGGUCAGAAAUUUAAAGAGUCUCUGUUGGAACCUGCUGAUGCAUCAGUAGUCAUGUGUAAAGAGCCUACCAUCUUUGAGGUUCCUCAACUUGGUGUUUGUGGAGGUUCUGAAGAAGCUGACCUGUUAUCCAGUUCAGUUCAUGGCACAGAAAAGACCCAAGCCAUUCCAGGGAACAGUCUGAGAUGUUCCCCAUUUCAGAGCACUCUGUUCCCUAUGGCAACCAAUACUAAGACAUGUCUCACCUCCUCAGCACCUUCAGGUGAGUCAACCACUGCUACAUUUCACAGGACACCAUUAUUUGGAAACACCAAAAAGGAACCUCAAAGCUUUCCGAAAACCAGCACAGGACUAAAUAUGUUCUUAUCUAAUCCAUCUUGUGUUCCUUCUGGCUGUGAAAAUCCUCGAGAAAGGAAGGCUUUUAAUGACUCUGACACCAUUAACAUGCUUUCCAAUCCAACACUGAAUAAAGCUCCUAGUAAAACAGAAGACAGUGGCCAAAGGGAAGAUAAUAGCCUGCCUACCUUUAAAACUGCAAAAGAACAAUUAUGGGCAGAUCAGAAAAAAAGGAGCCAUCAAUCCCAGCACACCUCUAAAUCUUUUAACGGUGCUAUAAAAAAGUCUCUGGGAGCUGGGAGAUCGAGAGGGAUAUUUGGAAAGUUUGUUCCUCCUGUAUCUAAUAAGCAAGAUGGAAGUGAGCAGAAUGGAAAUGUGAAGCCUAAGUCUAGUAGGGCCGGGUCUGCAGAACCAGCUCACCUCACUGAUGAUCGCCUAAAGAACGUGGAACCAAGAAUGGUUGAACUUAUUAUGAAUGAAAUUAUGGACCAUGGGCCUCCAGUACAUUGGGAAGACAUUGCUGGAGUAGAAUUUGCCAAAGCUACAAUAAAGGAAAUUGUUGUGUGGCCCAUGAUGAGACCAGAUAUCUUUACUGGAUUGCGAGGGCCCCCUAAAGGAAUUCUGCUCUUUGGCCCUCCAGGAACUGGUAAAACUCUGAUUGGCAAGUGCAUUGCUAGUCAGUCUGGAGCAACAUUCUUCAGCAUUUCUGCUUCUUCACUGACUUCUAAGUGGGUAGGUGAGGGAGAAAAAAUGGUCCGGGCAUUGUUUGCUGUUGCAAGGUGUCAGCAGCCAGCUGUGAUAUUUAUUGAUGAAAUUGAUUCUUUAUUGUCUCAACGAGGAGAUGGUGAACAUGAAUCUUCAAGAAGGAUAAAAACGGAAUUUUUAGUUCAGUUAGAUGGAGCAACCACGUCUUCUGAAGACCGUAUUCUCGUGGUGGGAGCCACAAAUCGGCCCCAAGAGAUUGAUGAAGCUGCCCGGAGAAGAUUGGUAAAAAGACUUUAUAUUCCUCUCCCAGAAGCUUCAGCCAGGAAACAGAUAGUAGUUAAUCUCAUGUCUAAGGAGCAGUGUUGCCUCACUGAUGAAGAAACAGAACUGGUAGUGCAGCAGUCUGACGGGUUUUCAGGAGCAGAUAUGACACAGCUUUGCAGAGAGGCUUCUCUUGGUCCUAUUCGCAGUUUGCACACUGCUGACAUCGCUACCAUAAGUCCAGAUCAAGUUCGACCAAUAGCUUAUAUUGAUUUUGAAAAUGCUUUUAGAACUGUGCGACCUUCUGUGUCUCCAAAAGACUUAGAGCUUUAUGAAAACUGGAAUAAAACAUUUGGUUGUGGAAAGUGAAUACAUCGAUUGAAGGCAGAAGCUGCCAUCUAACAGUUUGGAUAGGAAGCAUGAAAGCUUGGGUUGUGCUUCUUGUAUUGAAGUAUAUCCUGAAUUCUGUGCUGCAGAUUAGAAUGAUAAACUUGACUACGGAUUGAUAUAUUAGUAUGUUGUAUUUGUCUUCCAGUUAUAUGAUAUAUAAGUUCAUCUCAUUUAAAUACAAUGACCUUUUGUUUCUAAAUGAAUUCAAAUUAGAACUUUAGUCUGGUAAUAAUAAACUUUGUCAGUGUAGUAUUAAUAUGGCUUACAUUUGAAAGAGCAUUGUGUACUUGGUUAGAAUGAAAGCAACAGAAAGUAAACUACAUUAACCCGUUCCCGUUUGUAACUUGUUUUGUGGGCUUUUUUCCUAUCAAAAUUAAUAAAAACAUGGUUAGAAAUAGCAAGAUAUAAUUUUGUAUCAGGGAUGUGGUCUGCCUCAAACAAAAGACAAUUAAGUGUGUUUUUUUCAAGGGAUCUGGAAAGUUUUGUGUUACUAUUUUAUCUAAUAAUACUUUUAAAGCCUAUUAUCUCACCCUUUUCCAAAACUAAAUGUUUUUUAAUUGUUGUAUUAUUUUGUUUUGUAAAAUCUGUUCGUUGUAGAAACUUAAGACAGAAGCAAAGAGAAUAAAAAUUGUUAGUUUUUUACCA